AUGUUGCGUCGCACAUUGUUAUCAGCCUCACUCCUUCUUACCAGUUUCAUCGCGCCUGCGUUUGCCGGGUUCGGUGUCAAGGAAUCUGGGAACUCAUUUGUAGUCGAUACCGAUGGCGGACUGGUCUUUACAGUUGAUAAGCGAAAUGGUGACAUUACUUCUAUGCUUUACAAUGGCAUUCAGGCCCAAGACCAGACUAAGCGCAGUCACAUUAGUUCCGGUCUGGGCAAUGCACCAUGCUCGUGGACCAAGAUCGGGAACUACAUCAAGAUUACUUGCACGACCAGCACAUUGACCCAAUACUACGUCGCCCAAUACAAGAAUCCUGGCAUUCACAUGGCCACCUACAUUACCGCCGAACCAUCGGUCGGAGAACUUCGCUUUAUCGCUCGUCUUAAUGCCAACACUAUUCCUAAUGGCCAUGGUGCCUCUAAAGUCGCUGGAUCUUCGAGCACCGUAGAGGGAAGCGAUGUUUUCGUCGUCAGUGGUCAGACUCGCUCCAAGUUCUACUCCUCGAAGCAAUUUAUUGAUGACCAAGUCCAUGGGGCUACUGGAUCUGGAAUUGGCGCAUACAUGAUUAUUCCCGGUACUGGCUACGAGUCUGCUUCAGGUGGACCUUUCUUCCGCGAUAUCAAUAAUCAGAACGGUGGCCAACAAGAGGUUUAUAUACAUGAAUUCGGGACACACGCAGACGGAGGACUACCGUAUGGGCUUGCACGGGCCAUACCUCUCCAAUUUACCACCGGAAGCGUUCCUUCCGCGGACAUUAACCUGGCAUUCUGGGAUGGACUUGGGAUCAAAGGUUACGUGCCUCGCUCCGGGCGUGGGUUCGUCAAGGGCAAGGCGAGUGGUGUGCCUUCCAACUAUGCGGGGUUAGUUGUGGUUGGAUGGUCCAACUCGGCUGCUCAAUACUGGGCGCGAGCAGAGGCAAGCACCGGAAACUACUUUUCCCCUGCUAUGAAGCCUGGAACCUACACCAUGACAAUGUACAAGAGCGAGCUUGCGGUUGCUAAAUCUACUGUGACCAUCUCUGCGGGCCAAACUUCGACAGCCAAUAUUCAGUCUACCGAAGCGAAUCCAAGCACAAUUUGGCAGAUUGGAGAAUUUGAUGGUACUCCCCGAGGCUUCUUGAACGCCGACAUGAUCGAGACUAUGCAGUACGUGUUGACGAAUUUUGCCCAUCGGACAAACGCAUGCACGAAUGGCUCCGAACUAUACUGUUGGCCAGCAAGGUAUUGGAUACUUCCCAAUGGCCAUUUUCAAGGCGAUCGGCCCUGCCACCGUCGGUGGGCCAUGAAUAGCUCCCAGACUGGGGCGCGUACACUCGAGAUUGGGGUCACCCUGGCAUUCGCAGGUGGUCGUCCUCAAGUUACGAUCAACGGUUGGACCGGACCGGCUCCUCCUGCUCCUAGUCAACCCAACAGCCGUGGCGUCACUCGCGGAACAUGGCGUGGAAACAACACGCUUUACACCGUAAAGAUUCCCGCGGGAGUCCUCAAGUCCAACGAGGUCAACGUCAUGACAAUCAACGUUAUAUCCGGCUCUUCAGGUGAUACUUACUUAUCUCCCAAUGUUGUGAUCGACGCAGUCCGUCUUUAUUAA